CCACUUUUGUCUUCAAACUACAAUAUACUUAUGUGCCAACUGUUGAGCGCUCCCAGACCGCAGCAACCCGCCGCAAACUUGCCCCAAAGCAAGUUGGCAUCCUUGACAAGCUCCAGCAUGUCAGGUCGAGCGGUACAUCACUCAGCAUGGUAGCAGCAGUAGUGGCAGCAGCUAAUAGUAAUGGGGGCUAUAAAUCCGGAAUUCGAGACGGGCACUUUUUGCGGUGGUGACGACGACGACGACCGCAACAACCACGACCUCCCCACAAUCGAGGAACUACUAUUUACCAAGCUACAGGAGCAAAGCUUCAUAACGGAGGAUCGAGGCCUAGAUAAGACGCGCUUCGGAGUUGAGGAGGUAGCUUUAGAAGAGAAGGGCGGCGCUGUCGACCAGAGCAGGUCAACACAAAGCGAUAACUUAGAUGAUCCAAUUGUCCUACAAAGAGAUGACGACUCGAGUACCUCCGAAGCUGAAGUUAAUAACAAUACUCUUCGUGCCGAAAGUGUAGGAGUACUAGGCGCGGGUCUUUUCGAUAGCCUAGAGAUAGCCGUCGACUCAACUCCGGCCCCUCCUCCCAGCUCCGAUGGGUGGCACGAUAUUAAUAACCCCCCCGGACAGCUCUACGUUUGCCGCUUACGGAACAUAGAGCUUCGACGUCAAACUCCAUACAUCCUCAUACCUCUUCUUCGUCCCUCUCAAGCGAGCCAUUGCACUAUAGCAUUGGUAUAGAAGGAUCGCGCCACGCCAGAUCCGAGGCCACGACCCCCUCUUCGAGCCCGCCUCCGCACUAUUGCAACGCGUCACUAGAGAACAAGCUCAUUC